UAGUGGGUCUAGAUGACCCAACUCCCAAUAUUAAAGUGCCUAGGAUAGCACAAGGGUUAAAAAUGACUAUUGCAUGUUCUGCACUAUAGUAUGGGAGACUCUGCAUUUCUCUCACUACAUCAACUAAAAAUGGUCUGUGAAACAAGGCGUUUAAAAAUUGCAGUACCCAUAUGAACCACACAGAGGCGCUGUGAAACAAAAUCUUGAAAUAACAGAACGGAAAUGACGUCACAUGAAUUGGCUUUCUUUGGUCUGUUGUUAAAUGUGUAGCGGGAAAUUCUCUGGAUUAGCGUGAACUUUUCUGUGUCACAUUUUCGCGAAUGUUCUAGUCAAAGUCCGCAUUUGUUUUAACGAAUGCUGUUUAAACAUUUUCCCAGCGCAAAAUGUCCCUGACUGCCGAGGAGAGUCAGCAGAGGUUAAAGGCGGCUGUACACUUCACAACGGGUCGGAUCUGUCAGAAGAUGGGUGAGGACCACCGGAAGGAGUUCAGCCGGCAAACUGUAGCCGCGAUAGCUGAGACGGCGUUCAGACAAUGUGAUAUAUUUGCCAAAGACUUGGAGGCCUUUGCCAGACACGCAAAAAGAAGCAUGGUGUCUGCAGAAGAUGUCAAACUUGUUGCCCGGCGCAGUAAUGCAUUGUCUGUCUACAUACAAAACAAAAGUGAGGAACUGGCCCAGGAACAGAAAAAGAAAAAUGCUGCAAAGAAGAAGAGCAAAGACGCUGAGGAGAGCAGGGAAUAGAGGGCACCAGCCAGUCUGGUUCACCAUUCAACAUGCAAAUAAAGAAUCUGCCACACGA